CGGCGCCUGGCCAGCCGCCCUCAGCGGCCGCCCGCGACGCUGCUGCCCGCCUUGCCCUGUCAGGUUGUCUGCGGAGACGAAGGGACGUUUUCCCCAUGUUCCAUGAAGUGCUGCGAGGCCCGUUCCCGCCCAGAGCGCUGCCUUUUCUGGCGGCCGUGCUUUUCCAAAGGAAAGAGAGGAAAGAAACUGGGCUUUACCACUGGCGGUGGGAGAAGCACCCUUACUACAACCUAACAGUAAAAGUCCUCCGAGCCAGAAACAUCAAGGGUACAGAUCUGUUGUCCAAGGCAGACUGCUAUGUGGAGAUAAAACUGCCCACUGCAUCUCCCAUAGUCUCUCGAACUCAGGUUGUUGACAACUCUGAUAACCCAGAAUGGAAUCAAACUUUCCGGUAUAGAAUCCAUACUGCUGUUAAGAACAUUCUGGAGUUGACACUCUACGAUAAGGAUGUCCUUGCCAGUGAUGAGCUCACAUCUAUCGUCUUUGAUGUAGGGGGCAUGAAGCCAGGUCGGCCGCUGCUGCGCACUUUCAAACUGAACCCUGAGGCUAAUGAAGAGCUGGAUGUAGAGUUUUACUUGGAGAAAUGCCCAGAUGCCCCUACGGAGGUACUGACCAAUGGAGUCCUUGUGGUUCAUCCUUGCUUGUCUCUGGAAGGCACUCUCAACAAAGAAGAAAAAAUGAAAGAGAAACAGCAAGGGAGCUGUGAGGUCAAGGUGUCUGUUCCAGGGUCCUAUGAGAGGCAGACGAGUAUUCCUUGGAGACCAGACAGUGAGAAUGAUUAUGAAACCUCAUUUAUCUUUCACAUGGAUAAAGAAAUGUGUCCAGAUCUGCAAGUGGAACUGGAGCAAACCAUGUCUGUCUUACAGGAUGGUGUGAACCCUGAUAUUGAAGAGCAUACUACACUUCUGGGACUGGGGACUGUGCCAGUUAAUUCUCUCCCUAUUGGACAACAAGUUGAUAGAAUCGUUUCUCUGGGAGAGGGGCAAAGUUUGAAUCUGAGUUUGAAAACGGAAGAGAGCACUUGGGAUCUUGAUAUACGUCUGGGUUUUGACCUCUGUAAAGAGGAGAGAGAAUUUUUGGACAAAAGGAAGAAAAUUGUUUCUGAAGUACUGAGGAAGACUCUUCAGUUAAAGGAAUCCCCUCCAAAAGAGGAGGUUCCAGUGGUAGCAGUGCUGGGCUCUGGAGGUGGGAUGAGAGCAUUGACAUCAUUCUAUGGCAGUCUUGCUGGGCUGCAGGAGCUGGGCCUUUUGGAUGCUACCAUGUAUUUGUGCGGCAUUUCAGGCUCUACUUGGUGUUUAUCUACAUUGUAUCAAGACCCUGACUGGUCACAGAAAGACCUUCGAGAUGCAAUCAGCAGAGCUCAGGUUACUGUGUCCAGCAGCAAAACAGGGGCAUUCUCCCCAGAACGACUGAAAUACUAUUUCCAGGAGCUGAAUGCAAUGGAGAUCAGUGGCCGGAAAGUUUCCUUCACAGAUUUAUGGGGCCUCAUUGUAGAAUAUUUCCUACAACAAAAGGAAGAUCCAUCAAAGCUGUCCGAUCAGCAAGCAGCUGUGAAAUGGGCCCAGAACCCCUAUCCUAUCUAUGCAGCUGUCAAUGUGAGACCCAAUAUUAGCAGUGGUGACUUUGCAGAGUGGUGCGAGUUCACUCCCUAUGAAGUCGGAUUCCGCAAAUAUGGAGCUUUUGUCCGAACAGAGGACUUUGACAGUGAGUUCUUCAUGGGGAGGCUCAUCCAGAAACAUCCAGAGCCUAGGAUUUGUUUUCUACAAGGAAUGUGGGGCAGUGCCUUUGCUGCAAGCUUGGACGAUAUCUGCCUGAAGGGGGUUGGUGUAGGACUGGGCUUUCUGGAUUCCUUUAAAGAUGUUAUCAAAGUUGUAGAUGACUGCCGAAGAUUCCAUUUCCAAGAUCCAGCGCGACUGAAGACUCGCUUGGUGAUACCUGGGGGACCUUUGCUACAGAUGUUUCAGGAUUUCUUCAAGUCCCGAGUCACAUGUGGAGAAACCUUCAACUUCAUGCAGGGAUUGUAUCUUCAUAAAGAUUAUGUUAACAUCAAGAAAUUUGUAGCUUGGAAAGGCACUCAUCUGGAUGCAUUUCCCAACCAGCUGACCCCCAUGGAAGAAAGCUUGUAUUUAGUAGAUGGUGGCUUUUCCAUCAACUCUCCCUUCCCUUUGGUGCUUCAGCCAGAGAGGGAUGUGGAUGUUAUCUUGUCAUUCAACUAUUCCUGGGAGGCUCCAUUUGAGGUUCUAGAGCUGACUCAGAAAUACUGUGAGGAGCAGGAAAUUCCUUUUCCAAAAAUCAAGAUAAGUGAGGAAGAUGAAAAGAAACCAAAGGAGUGUUAUAUGUUUGUGGAUGAUGAUAAUCCAGAAACUCCAAUUGUACUCCACUUCCCACUGGUGAAUGACACUUUCCAGAAAUAUAAAGCUCCAGGAGUUAAGCGUGAGUCAGAAGAGGAGAAAUCCUUUGGUGACUUUGACAUUGAGUCAAAAGAUUCUCCUUACCGUACACUCAAUUUCACUUUUGAGUCAUAUGAUUUCAGCAGGUUAGUGGAAGUGAAUCGCUACAAUGUUCUCAACAACAAGAACACUCUCUUCAGAACCCUAAACUUGGCUCUGCAAAGGAGAAAGUUGAAGAAAGUCGUCGCUAUGUCCAAAACAUGAGCAGCUUCUGUAGCUGAGGAUACAGAUGGGCUACAGCAAACAAGAGCCAUGUGGCUCAAGACAGAAGAGUGGAAGCUAAUAGCUAGAAGCUGAUGGCAUAGGCAGGGCAGAUGUCACACCAAAAGGUCAUUCCAGGUAACAGGUGCUGCUAUGAAAACUCAAGGGAUGUACCGUGGAUGCAACGUGGAUGUUACUCUGUCACACAGGGUGGAAUUGGGAAUUAUCUUGCCAAGUAUCUUGUCAUGUGGUGGCUGAUAUCAGAUGCCUGGGGAACAGAGAGCUCAAGCGUCUGGAGACUAAUCUUCAAAGCUCCACUGAGUGAAGCACCUCUUUUUGGUCAAAGGUCUGCUGGUGUUCAAGGAAGCACCAGAAUUCUUCUGUACAUUUAUUCUUCUUGCUUUUUGAACUUGUCUCCCAUGAAUUUCUACAAUUUAUAUCAUCUGCCAAGGAACCCCAAAGAUUGUAGAUAUGCACUGAGAGAGAAAAUGUGUCCUUUUGUAUUCAGCUUGCUACUGGCUGGUGCCCAUUUACUACCAACACUGAACAGUCAUUACCUGAUUUUAAUUUGCUGUUCAAAGUUUCAGAGAUCUUUGAUAUUUCCUUACUACCCUUCUCAAGAAGCAUAAGGGCUUUUAGUCACUCAGAGGUUCAGUACAGAGUACUGUCAUUGGAUUCAUAUGUUAAAUUAUAACAAGUACCCUACUUUGGUAACCAUUUGAAUUUCAGGAAAUAUUCUUUUUUCAUACUUAAGAAUGAAGGACACAUCAUAGGAUUGUGUGGCUUCUUUCUGUGACUUCAUCAUCACAAGCUUAUGAAAUCUUAAACAUGCUUUCAGUCUUGCCUUUCUCCUUCUGUGUAAGAGGAAAGAAGGCUCUUUUGAAAAGUCUAAAUUAGAUGCUGUUCCUUACAUUUUGGGCUUGCGAUUCUGCCAGACCUUUGUUCAAGGAAUUUCUUUUGUGUGUCCCUGUAUUUUAGAAACCUCAGUAUUCAGGAUAGCACCUUACAAAUUUGAAUGACUAAAAUAAUGUCAGAUACCCUGUGCUGUGGGGUGGCAUUGACUUAAUUUUGCAGAAAGAACAGAGGGAAGUAUUGAAUUAAACAGCUGGAAAAUACCUAAUACAAAAAGAGGAGCAAACAGACAGUAUUAACUUCUGUGGCUUUGGCAUCAAACUGAACAUACUGACUAUGUUUUGAAAACUGGAGAUGGGAAAUUUGUCUUUUCUGAAAUUAUGUGGAGAUUAUGAUUUUUGAUACACUUUUAAAUCUUUCUCUUUUAUUAAAUGUUAGUUUUGCUAGUGUGCUUUUAACACUGUUUCUUAUGAACACUUGAUAUAUAUUUUUUUCUUUAUUCCAAUAAAAAGUAAGCAAGAGAGUUAAUGUGA